GAUUGGCCCUAAUUCAUAUUCAAAUAUAUCACCAUAGGUAUCACUCUAAGCAGCCCUGCCACAACGAAAACAUUAGCCACAGCCAUCCCCCCACCAUGAUCAUCACUAUAUACUAACAUUGUAACAACUAUAAGCUUCAUUCAUCUUGUUGAUAAUAAAUUUGAUCUCAUGCAUCAGAAAAAGAAAAGAAAAGAGAAUAUAUACAUACCAUAAUCGCUGUACAGGAGGCCAACGAGAAGAUUGUGUAGCCUACCACACUGGCUGUUCAUUCAUGAGGUCGAUGGAAGCAUCGUAUAGGCUGUCUUCCAUCUUAUUCAACAAGUAAAUCUUGCCUGGUUACCGCCUCAGGAAUUUUUCCAAGCUGUAGAACAGGCAAAACCACUGAAUUCUGAGGAGAGUAUCGGAGCAAAUAAUGGCGGCUUAGGUUGAAACACCAUAAAGAACCAACACCACUUCAAUGCUUAACUUGUAAGCACUCUCCGCGAUUUCACCAAAACGACCAUCAAAAUCUCACCAUGGCUUCUCAAUUGUUUCUGCUCGUCUUCUUCCUCUUCAACUUAGCUUCAAUUCAUGGGGAGCAGAUCAUGUUAGAAGAUGGGUACAUGGUAACUACAGUGAUGGAUGGCCGCAAAUUAAAUGUAAACCCACACGCAGUUCAACUCAGAUCAUCUGAUCUUGUAGUCCUUGAUUCUUCUAAGAGUGUUUUUUACACUCUACCAUUUCCCAUUUCUCAGGAUGGUGUAAUGGUAAAACGGUUAUCUGGAAGUGGGGAUAAAGGGUACAUAGAUGGAGAACCAGGCUUGGCUCGGUUCAAUAAACCAAAGAGUUUCACUGUUGAUCUUAGAGGGAAUGUUUAUGUAGCUGAUCAACUAAACCAUGCUGUGAGAAAGAUAAGCAGCUCAGCCAUGACCACCACCAUUGCUGGUAAUUACUCCCAGACAGGUCGGCAGGAUGGUCCAGGGAACACUGCAACAUUCUCCAGUGAUUUUGAGGUGCUUUUUGUUCCUCAAUUAUGCGGUUUACUAAUUUCAGAUCAUGGCAAUCAACUGCUUCGCCAGGUUGGCCUUAAGCAAGAGGAUUGUAUAACAGGUUCUCAAUCUGCACUUGGAGCAGUUAAAUUUUGGGUCCUUGGACUGGUGCUUUCAUGUUUGUUUGGCUUAGCCACGGGGUUUGCAAUUCGUCCUUAUGUUAUACCCCAUGAAGGCGUCAGACCCCUUCAUUUCACCAAGACAUGGAAGCAUUGCCUAAUCAAUCUGGCGAGUCUAAUACCGAGGAGUUGCUUCGACGUCAGAAACGCAAUUGCUAGUUCUAGGCUUUACGUGCUUUCAGAGAGGCUCUUUUGCCUGAGCCUGUCUCAUCUUUCACUCAUGUUUAGGAUCAACACUGUAGGUUCUAAGGUUUUAAACAAGGAUGUUUUAUCCUUGAUGGAUUCUGAUGUAAGUAGUCAAAAGGUAGGGAAGUCGCAGGUGUAUGCUGAUCAGUUGAAGGAUUUGAUAGACUUCAAUGUUCAAUCACAAUCAUCAAGCUCGAUGAGCAACGUCUUGAAACUAGGAGAAGGGGAUCAAGAGAGAUGUGAUGCUUCAUUGGACGGCUACAGAAGGAUAAAUGAUAUGAUCCAGGCUAACGUCAUGGGAUUUGGAGAGCUGGCCAAAGAAACAACUCCAGUUGAUGUGCCUUUGGUAGGGAAUUUGGGUUUAGUUAAAAGGAGAUGAAGUUGCUUAGAGUGAAUUCUCCAUGUUUCUUGAUGCUCUAUCUGCUAUGGCUUUGCAAAUUCUGUGUGCUAUGAUGUAUAAUCUAAUUUAUGCUUGCUUUCUUGGAUUCUCCUCC